UUCAUGCCGUUAGUCGGGCUCACCGGUUAUUUACCGGGCAACAGUUGCAUCAUUUGUCAACCGGCGCGUUAUAACAGCCCUACUUUGCAGUACCUCGAGAAUCCAGAAGACUCAUCUGCGCGCGCGUACGUGGAGCGCGAGCGCGGUGAGUCAGUCGCUGAGGCGGGAUCCGCGGCUGGAUUAGUCGGUGAGGCUUCGCUACCGGGCGGCAUGAAACGGAAUGCGGGCAACGAUUAAAGCCGGUCAGACAGUGAGAGAGAGACAGACUCGCGUUUGCGCCUUCAUCUGUUUGUGUUUGGGUUUCCUGUGAGGCGGUAAAGAUUGACGCGUUAAGAAGGUUAUUCGGAGGCAGCGCGCUCCCUGGAAGCACCAUGGCCAGGGGGAGCGAGGAAUCUGUCAAUGGAUCCUGGAAAAAACAGGUGGAUGACAUCAGGAAGAUCUUCGAGUUCAAGGAAAUCCUCGGGACCGGGGCGUUUUCAGAGGUGGUCCUGGCCCAGGAGAAGGCCACGGGAGAGAUGUACGCCGUCAAAUGCAUCCCCAAAAAAGCACUAAGAGGAAAAGAGAGCGGAAUAGAAAACGAGAUUGCAGUGCUGAGGAAGAUCAAGCAUGAGAACAUCGUGGCCCUGGAAGACAUUUACGAGAGCCCCAGUCAUUUAUAUCUAAUCAUGCAACUAGUGUCAGGCGGCGAGCUGUUUGAUCGCAUUGUGGAGAGGGGCUUUUACACGGAGCAGGACGCCAGUGCAUUAAUCAAACAAGUUCUGGAUGCUGUAAAUUACCUGCACUCACUCGGGAUUGUCCACCGAGACCUGAAGCCGGAGAAUCUGCUGUACUUCAACCCACAUGAGGAGUCCAAGAUUAUGAUAAGUGAUUUUGGGCUGUCCAAGAUGGAGGGCGCAGCCAAUGACAUCAUGUCCACAGCCUGCGGGACGCCGGGAUAUGUGGCUCCAGAAGUAUUAGCACAAAAGCCUUACAGCAAGGCUGUGGACUGCUGGUCUAUCGGAGUUAUUGCUUACAUCUUGUUAUGUGGAUACCCUCCAUUUUACGAUGAGAAUGACUCUAAACUGUUUGAGCAAAUACUGAAGGCAGAAUAUGAGUUUGAUUCGCCAUAUUGGGAUGAUAUUUCUGAUUCAGCAAAAGACUUCAUUAAUAACCUGAUGCAGAAAGAUCCAGAAAAGAGGUUCACCUGUGACGAGGCUCUUCGGCAUCCGUGGAUAGCCGGUGAUACUGCUCUCUGCAAGAACAUCCACGAAUCUGUCAGCCGACAGAUGAAGAAAAACUUUGCCAAAGCAAAAUGGCGACAAGCCUUUAACGCAACCGCAGUGAUCCGACACAUGAGGCGUCUUCAGCUCGGCAGCAGUAUGGAUUCCUCUCAGCACAGAAAGCAGAAUCCGACAUCCAUGCCUGGGAAGAGUCAGUCAGUGGAUGUUUCCUCGGUUCAUCGUAAUGACUGUUCGCCCAAACAAACGUCAAACUCUUCCUCGAGGACGGGAAAGCCAGAACGACACACGCGGCCAUCAACUGUCACCACCAUCAUCACCGGCUCCAAAUGACAUCACUUCCUGUGAGACUGCUCACCUAAUUGAUGCACUUUGUUGGUGGAAAAAAAUGUGUUAUCUGAUAUGUAAUGGUAACUUCCAUUGUCCGCAGUCACCCACUCAAACCAGUUUCCCUUUCUGGAAAGCAGACGGGAUGCUAAACGGUUUCCAAUAUGGCGGCCUGCGCAUUUAAGGGGACGGUUUUGCAGAGUAAAGCUCAUGAUUUGGGCAGUUUAUGUGGUGGAGAUUGCAAAAAUAUAUAUAAUAAUUAAAAUAUUGUGUAGAUAAAAUGAUUUUCAUUCAUUCAUUGUAACUUUUUACUGCUGUAUUUCAACUUGCUGCUGUUUCGAACAGCCAAAUGAUAAAGGAUGUGAGGUUUACAGAAUGUCAAUGGAAGUUGAUGUAGUAUAGUAAACACAUAAUUUCCAUCAAGUACACAUACAAAUAAACCCUACAGUGCUGGAUGUGUCUGGCAUUAUUAAUGGGCAAAUUGUAUAAAAAUAGAAACGUGCACUUCAGUGGUUUUGUUCAUAUCACCAAAAGAUUCUAGAGUGAUUUGUGUGUUAAAUGAUAACAAUAUAUUGUCGCCAAUAUGUAUAAACUUAUGAUUCAGUCCUGGGUGCAUCUGGUAUUUAUUAACAAGCAACUGAGGGAUGUGAAUAAUGUAUAAAAAAUGAAAAUGUGCAGUUUUAUGAUUUGUUUUUUAUUAUCAACAACUUGUUAAUAUCAGUGAAAGAUUCGGGAGUGAUUUGUGUGUCAAAUAGCCACAAUUAUUGUCAUCCAGUUUAGAUAAACGUCAUGAGGGAAUGAAAGAUCUGAAUAUUGUAUACAAAAAUAAUGGAAAUGUGCGGUUUAUUGGUUUCAUUGGCAAUUUGUUAAUACUAGUAAAAAAAUCUGAAGUGAUUUGUGGUGUAAAAUGGUGGCGAAAGCACUUUUUAUAAGUGCUUUGUGUAUGUUUUGGAUUUAUUUUGUACGCUCUGCUUUUUAUAGUAUCAUUUUGGUCGUGUUUUACAUCGCAGUGAUUAUGUUACAUAGUAGUUUCUGUGCAAAUAGAAGUAUUUUUUGCCGUUGAUUAAUUGUAAUAUAGGCACUGUAAUGUAAAUUGCUAUAUAAUUUUAUUCUUUUAACUGUAACUAAUGAAAUUUCAGAAAACUUGACCCGUGAUUGUGUUUUGUCACAGAUCGAAAUGAGAAGUAUCAGCUUCAGUGUGACAAACGUUUGUAUUUGCUGAUCUUGUGUUUCAGUGAAGUGAAAUUUACUAACAAAAAAUAAAAGUUCACAGUGUACAGAUGCAAACAACAGUUUUCCAGUUCCGCUGAAGCUGUUUUGAUAUGAUGUUGUCCAUUGAUAUACGGCGGUGGGAGAUUCAACGCUUAAACCUUGCAUGUCAUCUUGGUCUUCUUCAUACCAGCCCUCUGAAUUUAGCAGCUUCGUGCUGGUUCUUACAUUCAGGUCGGAAAAAAUGAUGUAAGCUGUGUUUUCUCCUCAGUGGAUUUGUUCUGUGGUGAGUGCUGUUUUUUUUGUUUAG